GAUGCGGGCGACGAUAGUACCGCUAUACGAGACAAACAAGUUGCUUAAACGAGACCAGUACCGCCUCGACUACCGACAGUAAAGUCAUGAAGCUACAAGACAUCGUCAAAUACCUCGUUUGCAUCUCAGCGAUAAGUUUUGGGACGACUUAUUGCACCGAGCGCGUCAUCAAUUUUUCCACCGACGAUUGGACUGGCCUCAGACAUGAACGCAGUGUUUUGGACUUACUAUUUGGAAGAUUCCGGACUUGUGGCGCUUGCUUAUGCGGCAGAGCAAACCGUAAAGCAGCACGAUUAUUGGGCGGCGAAACUACGGAACCACACGAAUUUCCCUGGCUCGCUAAUAUUUACACAAGCUCUAAAUUAUUAAGUAGCGGAGUUCUCAUAAACGAUCGCUACGUCAUGACAGCAGCUAGUCCCCUCGUUGGAGCACCUGCACCCACUGUAAAAGUAUGUUUGGGAGAAUACGACCGAUGCACAUUGGACAUUUCGUCGGUGAAUAGUAGCGUCGAGUCCAUAAUUUUGCAUCCAGAAUUUGACCAGGAUUUACACAUUUAUAAUUUGGCUUUAAUCCGCUUGAGUCGACCGACUAAAUUCGAGAAGAGAAUAUCACCGAUAUGCCUACCCAAUCCAGGAUCAACCUACCUUGGCCAAGUUGGCACUUUGGUAGGUUGGGCCACAAGCGAACUCAACAAUACAGCUGACGCUCGAACAUGCAAACCGCGAAAGAUGGGACUUCCUAUUUUGGGAUAUAACGAGUGUGUCAAGUCAGGAAUAAAUGCAAUGACUUUCAACGAUGAUUACGGGUGCAUAGGGAUUGUAGGUACAUAUUCUCUGGUGUGCGAGAAUGACGUUGGAUCUCCUUUGCAAUAUCGUUCAUACGCUGGAAUUUACGAUCUUAUUGGUAUUAUUCCGAGUAUAAAUAAAUGCGACAACACUCCUAGACCAACACUCUUCACCAGAAUAGGCCCGCAACUCGAUUGGAUAUUACAGCAAACUAAGGAUGCGUGCUACUGCACAAAAUAAUUGAUUUUGCGAUAAUGCUAUCGGGAUAUUAUUACAUAACAUUAAUAUUAGUCAUUAUUAUUAUAUUAUUAUAUUAUUAUAUUAUUAUCGCAUCGCUAUGAUUUAGAACAGAGCUCGGCAAAGUUUACAACUUUCGGCCGAUUUUCAGAAGCUUCUAUCUCCCCUUACCGCGCGGCGGAUCCAGCAACUGACGGUCGCGGCUCGCAACCUCAGGACCGUUGGUAAAGAACGAUAAGGGAAGAUAGAAGGCGUAACUUCCGAAAAUCGGUUGAAAGUUGUAAACUUUGGCGAGCUCUGAUUUAAAAAGUGCCACGGAGCAAGCUUUAUUGCCAAGUUACACCAAACCAAAAU